AUGCUGCUAGUAUGUCCAGAUUUAUCUGCAUGUACUACUGGGCCACAACCAGUCCCAUGGGCCGCUAUGCAGGUGAUCGGUCUAUCUUUUGUAUGGUGGUCGCCUAGCUCCGCAUUCCUAGUUGCAGGCGAAAACAUCAGUCUAGACCAGUCGAAGCAACGAGGACAACAGCACUGCGGACUUUGCCGAGACAACUUUAUUUAUAGAUUGGCAUGGGUCACACCAGAGGCUCUCAUUCGAAAUUCGAAUACUGUGGCACCCGCGAUGCCACCCCAGGCUCCAUCAAGCACGAGCAAUCUGUUAAGCUCGCAUAGGCAUAGGGCACGGUUAAAACGUACGGGCCACUCAGACGGCCCAGGAUGCUGGACCGCGCAAGACAGUGGGCAUUGUGGCGCGCCGGCUAAGUUGAUGAAUGGCAUGGACGGUGGCCGGCAAGUUCCUUCAUUCAAUUCAAAUCACGGUGUCAUGUCAACUGCCACCCCCGAGGGCACUGUGCAGCUGGAGCGUUGGCAGACAGCUCUGAAUCUGCCGGGCAUGUCGCUGCGGGCGGCCUGGGCAGCCGUCAGCGCGUCCUGCCUGGCGCCAGGCACAGGGGCGGCUGCCGGCCGCGAACCGCCCGCCGCCCGCCCACGGUUCCAGCCCGCCGUCACGACUGCUUCGCAUCAUGAUUAUUAUUUCCCCAUCUCAGUCAGUUCGGUCACGGAGCGUUUCUCUCCUUCCACUCGCUGCCCUCUGCCUCUCCCAGUCGUUCGUUUCCAGUCUGUCAUCCUCACUCGUUUGACUUCAUGUCUCUCGACCGAUUUCUCUGCCUGCCCGCUAACCGACGCCCCUCGAAACACAUCUGUCGCGAUGCGGAUAAACCCAUGGUCUGCGGCGGUAUGCGCCGCAGCGGGCUUUUUGCCGGCGCAGAUUCUCGCUGCCGACAUCCUCAAAACAAAUGGCUAUACAGUAUGCUCGGCGCAUUCAACAGUCCAGGUGCAGAGAUUCAACAUUGAAUAUGACCGCACCACCCAGAAGCUCACCUUCGAUGUCGCUGGCACCAGCGACAAGGUGCAGAAUGUGACCGCCUCGCUUUACGUCUCUGCCUAUGGAAGACAAGUCUACCAGAAAGAUUUUGAUCCGUGUGCGCCAGACACCAAGGUUGACCAGCUCUGUCCAGUUCCCGCCGGUAACUUUGCCGCUCAGGGCGUGCAGACCAUCCCUUCUGAGUAUGCCGAUAUGAUCCCAGCAAUCGCCUUCUCUAUCCCCGACUUGGAGGGGCAAGCGAAACUAGAACUGAAGUCUCAGGAUGGCGGAGCGAACGUUGCCUGUAUUGAGUCAGGCGUCAGCAAUGGGAGAACCGCCCAGGUUCCUGCUGUGUCCUAUGCAGCGGUUGGUAUAGCUGGUGCAGCUCUCGCAAUGAGCGGUCUGUCUGCCAUGGGUGUCGUGGCACAUCCUGGGGCGGCAUCAGCAAGUCCUGGGUUCGGUGAUGUGAUGGGGUGGUUCCAUUCCGUGGCGACUAGCGGCAUGCUGAGCGUGGAUUACCCAUCGGUGUACCGAAGCUUCACCUCGAAUUUUGGCUUCAGUACCGGUCUCAUCCCGUGGGGUCAAAUGCAGAUCUCAAUCGAUAAUUUCCGAAACAUGACUGGCGGUAAUCUCACGGAUGAUAGCUAUCAAUACCUCCGGAACGCGACGCUCGUGUACGAUGAUGGAUCGUCCAAUUCAAGCUCGGUCACAAAGCGUGCUUUGGACCUGUUUCUGGGUCGCUCUCGCCUGCUUGCUCGAGACAUCUCGACUUCAGUCAAUGGGACCGGAAACGUCUCGGACGCUGGCGAUAGUAGCAGUUUCGAACACGUCGUCCACGGCAUUCAGGCCUACGCUGAACAGCUCUCGAUUCCUCAGGCGAACACGUUCAUGACCAUCUUGCUGUUCUUUGCUAUUGUCAUUGCCGCCAUCGUUGUGGGAAUCUUGCUGUGUAAGGUCGUCCUCGAGGUCUGGGCCCUCUAUGGCAAUCUCCCCUCCAGUCUCUCCGACUUCCGGCAACACUAUUGGAGCCUAUUGGCACGAACCAUCACCAACUUGAUCCUGAUCGUGUACGGUAUCUGGACGCUUUACUGCAUUUACCAGUUCACGCGUGGCGAUUCGUGGGCGGCAAAACUUCUGGCAGCCGUCACUCUCGCCAUUUUCACCGGUGUUCUGGUCUUUUUCACAGUGCGAAUUGCGCAAUUGGCUCGCCGUUAUAGAAACGCAAAAGGUGACCCGUCUAUCUUGUACGAAGACAUGGAAGUCUGGCGCAAGUACAGCCUUUUUUACGACUCCUACAAGAGAGACUAUUGGUGGCUGUUCGUACCAGCUAUUGUCUACAUGUUUGUCCGAGGCUGCAUCAUUGCGGCAGGUGAAGGCCACGGGCUCUUCCAGACUGGCGGUCAAUUAAUUGUCGAAGCCCUGAUGUUGAUCCUCCUUUUGUGGAGUCGGCCGUAUGUGGCCAAAUCUAGCCAAUGGAUCAACAUCACCAUCCAGGUUGUCCGGGUUCUCUCGGUUGCUUGUAUCUUGGUCUUUGUCCAAGAAUUGGGGAUAUCACAGACCACCAAAACCAUCACUGGCAUUGUCUUGAUCGCCAUACAGUCCACCCUCACGGGGUUGCUGGCAAUUCUCAUUGCGGUCAAUGCCAUCAUCACCUGCAUCAGAGAGAAUCCGCACAUGAAACGCAUGAAACGUGAGAAAAUGAAUCAAGAUUUGGACAACCUUACACCUCUUGAUGCACGGAACUCGCUGCUCAUGGAUGGCCCACGCCCCCGGGGUGAUAUGCAGGAGAUGAGCAAGUUCAACAUGACCGGACCCUAUGAACCUUAUCGGCAUCAGGCUCUUCCAAAGAAGGGGCAUGAGAGUACGGAGCGAUUGAUUCCAGAUGACUCGUUCGAUCAUCAUCAUCACCAGCAUACCAGAAGCUUGAGUGGAGGUCGUAGUCCAACUCCUGAGGAUUACAGUCACCCCCCUCACACCUACGGUGUCGCAUAUUGA